UCAAACAAAUUCCUUCACAAGAGUAUUUAUUAUAAAAACGAAGAUAAAUACAAGUGUGAUAACAUACUAAAAGUCCUCAACAAAAUCCCUAGGCGUUACUUGAAAAAAGACGUAUUUAAUCUGCAAAGUACUGUACACAAUGUUAUGUCUCGAACGUCCUGCCAUACUCCGCAGUAAAGUUCACGGUUAGGAAAUAUAACGCUAUACCGUGUAAAUAAUUUGUCUCGGAAUCGGACAAUAACUGAAAAAACAAUUUAAAUCAUUGGCAAUCAUCGAACAUUCUGCAUGUGUUGCUGCACAAGAAUUCCACACCUGUUGUGUAAUAUGAUCUGAAGUUCAAGUAAUGAGUUGCUGCAGAAGAAUUCAACACCUGUUGUGUAUUAUGGUAUUGGUAUUUAGCUGAAGUUAGGUCAUGAGUAUUACAGUUGCUGCAGAAGAAUUCCACACCUGUUGUGUAUUAUGAUCUGAAGUUCAAGUCAUGAGUUGCUGCAGAAGAAUUCAACACCUGUUGUGAAUAAUGAUAUUGGUAUUCAACUGAAGUUCAGAUCAUGAGUACUUCUGAUGAAAACACUUGCGUUUUAUGUGGCGUUAGAGACGACAACCCCACUUCAGUUCUUGGCGACAGGGGAUGCCAGAGCAUCAUAGCAGCCAGCAAGAAUAAGGGUCGAACGUUGGUCGUCUCACCUGGACAGCAAGUUCACAAGGAAUGCAGGAGGAUUUACUGCCACCCCAAUCAGAAUCGUCUCAAUAGCAGCAGCAAAGAAAAUUUAUAUACAAGUCCAAGUACUAGACAGUCAUUAGAAUUAUCAUUUGACUUUCAAACGAAGUGUUUUUUCUGUGGAACAAAUGCAACACAUAAACAACAUAAACGUAAACGAGGUAGAGAUGUUCACCCUGUUUUAACAUUAGAGUUUCAAAAGUCUAUUAAAGAUGUUUGUUUAGAAAGAAAUGAUGAUUGGGGUGAUAUAGUAUUAGGCCGAUUAGAAUGUGUUUGUGAUCUUCCUGCUGCUGAAGCUAGAUAUCACCAGUCUUGUUGUUCUAAUUUUAGGUCUGGAUAUAAAAUUCCAAAAUGUUUUCAGUCACCAGUGACAGAUGAUGGAGCAGCAUAUGAGACGGACCAGUGCAGCAAGACAAAAAAAGGCAGACCUGCUUGCGUUUGUGCUGACAAUGCCUUCAAAACUGUUUUGGAAGAAUUUGAGGAAACUGAAAUUGGGUUUACCACAAUCAGCGACUUGGUACAAAAAAUGGCAUCCAUUUGUGGUGAAGAUAACUCGUACAGCACAACAUAUAUGAAAAGAAGAAUGCUAGAGCAUUAUGGUAAUAGUAUUAUAAUUACAGAAUUGAAUGGAAAAUCCAAUGUUGUUACUUUCAGAAGUAGAGCCCAUGCUAUUUUACAUAACUAUUAUCACAGACAAAAUAAAAAUGACAGUGAAAGUGAGAAACUGGCAAUCAUAAAGACAGCAGGAAAACUGAUUCUGAAUGACAUCAAAGAUAUGGAGGAAAAUACAGAGAUAUACCCAUCUGCAAAUGAUAUGUCAACUGAAGGCAACAGAAAAUAUGUACCUCCUAGUCUAGUAACAUUAUUACAGCAACUCAUUGACCAAAAGGACCAGAGAGAAUUAUCACAGCUAUUAGCCAAGCAAUUGUCCAAGCAGCGAUUCCUAGAAGUAUAA